UGCACUCAUGCUUCAUGAUUUCUGACGCAAUCGAGAUCGAGAUAACCAAAUGACGAAUGGCGUCUAACGUUCACCCUGACCAUUGCAGCAAAUGCUUCAUUACGCUGCGAAACCAUCGUCUCCCCUUUUCUUCGUUCGCAGAUUCUACUUUCAUUAACAAUCAAGCAACAUGACGCAGGCUCAUCAACGCUGGGCUAAGCUAAGAGACCGAUUAUUAAAGAUCGGGAUGCCCAUUUUCAUCUUGCUGCUUCUCAGUCGAUGGUGGAUGUACGAAGGCGUGGCGCUGCCGUCCGAGCUGGCGAUGGCGGAGGCUUCUCGGCGCCGCUGCAGCCGGCCGUUCACUCUCUCCGACUGGCGCCAGCACUGGGAACCGGCGGACGCCGUGCUCCACACCUGCCCGCCGCCGGCGCUCCACGGUGCCCGUCUAGCACACUGUCUGCAGCGCCGAGCGGCGCGCACCGGUCAGCGCGCACAGCUCGUCUUCAUCGGCGACUCCCGGGCGCGGAUCCACUUUGAGCAGGUGCUGGCCGAGCUGUCGCUGGACUGGCUGGGCCGCCCUCUGCCGGAGGUGUUCCCGGUGGAGCUGCAGCUGCCCGGUCUGCGCGCUGAGGUGCUGGGCUCCCCGGAGCGCUGCGUGGCCGGUCACACGAUCGGCGUCACGCCCGAGGACAUGACACUGCUCCUGGCCUGCGACGUGGCCGCCGCGAGCGAGCUGCUGGCCGCCCGGUUCUACUGGCACCCGCUGGCGGACGGUGAUCUGGAGGCGCGGCUGGCGGCGCUGGCGGACGACUGCGAGCGCCGCGCCGGAGCCGACCGCCCGCACAUGGUGGUGUUCACGGCCGGCAUGUGGUACGCCAAGCCGUUCAUGGAGCGCGCGGACCACGUGCCGCUGCCGGAGCGGGUGCUGGAGCUGCGCAGAGACGCCGCCCCGCUGGCGGCCCGGGUACGGCGGCUGGCGGCGCACACCAGACUGCUGUACCGGCUCGACGGGCCCGAGAUGACAGAGGGCCUCGGCUACCGGUCCCGCGUUGGGGGCGUCAUAGCCGCCAUCAACGCACUGAUGUUCGACAUCGUUAGCCAGGCGGGUGGCACGGCCCGGAUGUGGACGUCCAGUCUGCCGGACACGCUCCACUUCUACCACAGCACGUGCCUGGCGCCGGGCACUGGCGAGCAGCUGCAGGGCCGCCGCGGCCAGUGCCGGGACGUGAACCACGCCGCGGUGCCGGUGCGCCAGCGCGCCGUCCGAGCGAUGCUCACCUCGCUGUGCCAAGAGCCUACAGACGUCGGCGGCAGGUGACACAGGAGUGGUAAACGGUGCUGCCGUCCUUCCACAGACCCGAGUCCUAUGUUAUAAAAUGUCACAACGUCUCAUUGAUGGGUAUGUGAUGAAGUACAGCAUGUUGCAGCUCGCGGAUGCUUAGUAUCGGAGGUGACGUCUUUCGCGCGCCUUAUGUUGUAUCGAUGUUUUGGGGAAAGACCGUUGAAGAACGCCAGCAGUCAAAAUAAAAAACCGGUACACCA